AUGCAAGAAUUCGAAGCCGCGAAGUCGGCGAUUCUUAAGGUGAAACCCAGCGCGAAUGUGAUCGCGAAUCGCGUGGACGCGUAUCCGAUCACCGUCAGGGUAAGCGUGGGCGAACGCGAAGUGUGGAGCGGGAGACAACAGCUGUUGUUCCGGAAAAAUGGAAGACCGGCGAUGAAGGAUAUCGAGGAAGCGAUGCGAAAGCUCGGUUGA